CCUCAUGAUUGCUUCUGGACUUCUCGAAGCCGGGGUAGGCAUCUGGUGCUUUGUGGACAACGACUUGGCCAACGACAUCGAGGAUUACCCUCUUCCUUACAAUGCUUCAGCGCCUCCUUCGUCCUCCACCAGCAGGAAGGAUCUUGAAGUCGCCUAUUUGCCUAUGGAGGAGGGCGAGUACAGCGUGAGCCAGCCUAUUCUUCAUCUGAAGGCUUGGUAUGGCCAGCCUGCCCACACAGAAUACACUCGUGUGGUGGAUCACGUGCAGGAAAGGCUCUCGUGUUGCGGACUCACAGGCCCGAAGGAUUACCUCUCGAGCGAGUGGGAGGAUCAAGCCAACGCCUCCUUUCCCGUCGUCCCUCGCUCCUGCUGCCUCACCAUCCUGCCUGAGGACGCAGCAGCCGUGUCCGUGGGCGGCGCAGGCGAGAUAAAGGGCAGCGCCGCCGUGGCCGCUCCUCAGGGGUCCUGGAGAGACUAUGGCGGCGGAGGAGGCUGCGAUGUCGGAAAGCUGUCGGCUAAACACUCAAAGGGAUGUUUACAUUUAUUACCUUCUUGGGUAAAACAAAACUUCGCUGCCACAGGAGGCGCUCUUCUGGUCGUUGCACUCUUCCAGAUUACGGGCGCAGUAGCCACAAUCCUCCUCAGAAAGCAGUUCAAAUCUUUCGGCUGCAGGGACAUGCCGCCCAUCGAGACACUCCUUUUCUGAGAAGGGAGACGCCCCCCGCCCACAUUGUUGGCCCCGUACGCCCUCGUCCUAUAGCUGGGUAGUCUCUUUACGUCUGGGAUGAAGUGUUUAUCUCCUCAAGGUUUGCUGUGAAAGCUGAAGGACUACUUAUCCCAGUAUAUACCGAGAAACAUCAUUAACUUGUAUAUAUGUGGAACAGUAAUUAAAUAUAUAUAGGCUGAGUACCUCACACGGCCUGCUAUAACAUAUCAUAUUUCCCUUAGAGAUAACUAUGGGGUGUAAGAUGAUGAUCUGUAAAUAUAUGGAACUGUCCUUAAAUAGAUGGGUUUUGUUAUUGGUUUAACAUUUGGUGGUGCCUCUUACAUGGCCCGUUUCUGUGGUUGAAGAAUCUCGGUGAAAAUGACGAAUCUGUGUCAAGAAAUGAGAAUAAACAGUAUGUGUAUAAUAGACAUGUGUAUAAUGGUCAUGCUUUCAUAGUUAAUGAAUGGCUGGGAAGAAAUCAGAGGAAAAUUAUUCUGACGAAUUAAUAUUCUAAUUUAUUUUCGUUUCUAUUGUAUUACAGCCACGUACACAAAUUUAUUACCACAUUUGUUUUUGGUAUUUGAAAAUAAUAAUAAGAGAUUGUUAUGUUAAUGACGAUAUGAUCGUAUAUAUAUAGCAUCGUUUGAAAUAGCAAAAGAAAGAAUGAAAAAAAUACACAUAAUCAAUUUAAUCAUCUUUAAAGUAAUUUUAUGGCAACCACUGGGAACAUUUGGCUAUUACUGUUUUACUGACAGCUUAUUCAACUAACUAGCAACUAGCAAUUUUCUAAUUUACAUACUAUUAAUUCGUUUUUUUAUGUAUAUUUUCUUAACUCAAAAUGGUAUCAAGACGAGAUAAUUAUCUUUUUUCGCCAUCUUCCUCAAGCCAAAUGACGCCAUUGCUAGUAAAUCAUUCAACAAAAUACAUUUUAAAUAUACGCUUGCAUUUUUUACAACUUUUGUGAAUGGAGCAGCAAGAGCAUAAGUGGGAGAAGGAUGACUUAGUAUUUAAUUUCAGAUCUUAAGCAUUUGAACCAAAGCACUUGUUCGUGUGUGUGUGUGUGUGUGUGUGUGUGUGUGUGUGUGUGUGUGUGUGUGUGUGUGUGUGUGUGUGUGUGUGUAGGGGUGUGUGUGUGUGUGUGUGUGUGUUUGUCUUUUGUUUUUUUUCCGUAAAUGUGUGUGCAAAUACAUGUGUAGGUAUACAUAUAUAUAUAAGCUCCAUGUCUAUGUACAAUGUGUAUAUGUAUAUAUAAUCCCACACAUACGCUUUGAAAUAUUUUAGCACUAUGUACUCAGGAAAUUAUGUAUUCAACCAAAUGAUCUUUAUUAUUAAUUAUAGUAUUUUAUGUGCAAAGCGCUCUAACCUCCUGCAAAGGACAUUAUUCUGUUGCAGCCAAUGGUUGCUCUAAUUGUAUGUGAACUGUAUUCUUUGGGACACAUAUAGAAAAGGUAUGAAUGAGGAAGCAAAUAUCUUAUAUUGUGAAUAUAAACGUUUCCAUUCAUACCUUUUCUAGUACUUGUAUAUUUUGAAUCACGCCCUUUACGUGUGCUAGAACCAAUAAAUAUUAAAUCAAGAUAAAAUGUUUUGUACAGUCACAGAUGAAAAUCCAUGUUGGAAAAUUCAUUAAGAACGUUAGUCGAGUGAUAAGCGCCUGGCUAGAUUCAGGACAGUCUUUCAUAUGAUUUCACUUGUUUUAUUAAUGUGAUUUUUUUUUUUUUUUUUUUUUUACCGGUUCACUUUGUAUAAUUUCAUAUCUUGUACUGCCAUAUUCAUGUUGA